GGCGGCUCUGUGAUAUGAAACAAGCCGCCAUUGUGUCUUUGAUGGGUCGUCUGCCAUCAGAGUGGAUCAGUUAGCUAGCGGAACAACAGCAGCAACGGAUGGUACAGAUUCGGCUUCGGUUGACAGCCUGAAACCGAGAUUUGUUACUGCAUUCUGUGUUUAUGUGAAACGAAAGGUGACAUUGUUGUAUGGAAUGACAACCUCACAGAGAUAUAUUGAACCCAAACCAGCGGCUCAGUUUGCUGACAUGGAGUGGCAGACACCAGCUGUGUCAGAAAAGUUCCAAAGCCGUUUUGGCCGCCGGCCUGGAACAUCGGACAGUGGGGACACUGGACUUGGCACCUCAGCAUCUGACAGCACAGAAGAGUUCUGCAGUUCCAGCAGCAGCCCCUCUUUCCAACCCAUCCGCAGUCAGAUCCCCAUACCCACUGCACAUGUCAUGCCAUCCACGGCCGGAACCCCGGCCUCUAAGCCCCAGUCAUGUGUCCAGGAGGACAUGUUGUCCUCUGUUGAGGGUCACAGAUCUUCCUCAGGCUCCAGAAGCCCAAGUGUCUCCACCUCGAAGUCUUCCUCUCUCUCCAAAUCAGCAUCUUCGCCCAACUUGGAUGCUCAGCCUGGUGUGGGAGGUGAUCCUGUGGGGCCAAAGCCAGACUGCCUGAGCCGCUACCGCAGCCUCGUCAAUGGGCUGGACCACUCGCUUUUCCCCACAGAUCACACACGGGUGGAUGAGGGCCAGAGGUUUGACACUCCGACUGUGGAACCUACCUUAAAUCAGUCAGCCCUGUUUGGGGGUUUAUGCCCUGAUGUAAGACUCCGACUACAGACAACCGGGAUUCGAGACGCCCCAGACUGUAUGUCUGAGGCCUUCAGAGGAGGCAUGGAGCACAGCUAUAAGGUUCUGCCAGAAGUUAGGGCUGGGGUUCCCAGCACAACAGAAACCUCUACUCAAAGGGGCAGCCAGCCUGGUGUGGCCGGUUCUGCUGGAGUUUAUGCAAGCCCUCUCAGCCUGCAGACACAGGCUUUGCUGAGGGAGCAUGUAAGCUCCAAGGGUUAUGAGCCUGUGCGGCAGGACAGAUGUAGUGAACUGUCCAGCUGGCAGCAACAACAGCAGCAUAAGCAGCAACUGGAGAGUUUGCGCCUGCAAGUGGAACAAAUGCAGUUAAUGAGUGCUGGAGUGAGUCAGUACCCAUCUCUGUACUCAACCCCUGUUCACUCAGAGUCUGGCAAGUGGGAUGCUCUGGUCAAAGCCAGCGAGAGUCUGUUAAAGGAGAAGGAGCUUAUCAUCGAGAGACAAAAGCAGCAUAUGGCGCAGAUGGAGCAGCGUCUGAGGGAAAGUGAGCUGCACGUCCAUGGAGCCCUCCUGGGCAGAGGGGCUUCUUAUGGGGAUAUAUGUAUGUUUCGGCUACAGGAGGCUCAGAGGGAGAACGCGUUUCUCAGGGCGCAGUUUGCUGAACGUACAGACUGUGCUGCCCUGGAGAAGGCGGAGGCAGAGCGCAGACUAGGGGCAGUUGAAGCUGAGACACGGCGCUUAACUGACAGUCUGAAGGAGGCUUGUGAGAGACACACAGAGGAAAUGAAGAAACAGGAAGAGAGGAUCCGCAGUCGAGACAAGCACAUCAGCAACCUGAAGAAGAAGUGUCAGAAGGAGGCCGAGCAGAAGAGAGAGAACCAGCAGCGUAUUGAGACUCUGGAGCGCUAUCUAGCCGACCUGCCCACCUUGGAGGACUACCAGAGCCAGAAUAAGCAGCUUCUGGAGGCUGAACAGCAAGCAGCUCAGCUACAGGAUAAAGUAAGAGAACUGGAGCUCUGUCUAGAUACCAUGCGCUCACAACUACGGGAAAAAGAUGCACUGCUGGAGGAGCAGAAACGCAGGGAGAGAGGCUUGCUGACCACUAUUACAGAUAUGCAGCAGCGGGUGCAGCAAGGCCUUGAGGAUGGAGCCAGACUGCCUUGUCUGGAUAUCGAGCAGCUCCGUGGAGAGAACAGCGCUUUGAGAGAGGAACAGCAGAGACUCAAAAAGGUCAUUGAAAAGCAACAUCGAAUGAUGGAACAGCUUGGCUCCCAGAUCCAGGCUUUGGAGGAGCAGAUAUCUCAGGAAGAGGGCAGCUCUCAGGCUCUCAGAGAGGAGCUACUGGCCAAAGAGCAGAAAGUGUUAGAGCUGCAUACAGCUAUGAAGGAGUUGUCAGCCCAAAACCAGGAGCUGAUGGAGCAGAAUCUGACCCUGCAGGAACAGAUGAGCGAUCCAGAGCAGAGGAGCACUAGCCAGGCCUCCUGUGCCCUGCAGCCAGCCGGGGCACGUCUCACACAGAAGCUUCAUGCAGAGAUUGCCUCCUGCCUCAGCGACCUGCGUUCUCUGUGCAGCAUCCUGACCCAGAGAGCUCAGGGACAAGACCCCAACCUCUCCCUGCUGCUUGGUCUCACAUCGCCCCCACCAUUGGCAGAGCAAAAUGAGGACUGGAUGAGUCCAGAGGUGCUGCAGAAGAAGCUCGCCGAAGCUCAGCAGCUUCGCCGAGAUGUUGAGGAACUACGUAAUGUAAUACUGGACCGUUAUGCACAGGACAUGGGAGAAAACUGCAUCACCCAGUAACCUCGCCAUCCACCCAGGUAAUGGAGUAAACAUGCAGAAGCCCCACUUCACCUCAGCAGCAUCUAAAACAGGCCUGUCUUUUAAGCCUAGUUACAGAAUGUGAGAAAAAGAACUGUAUUUUAAUGUUGUUACAGUGAGAACAGAGGAAAGCCCAAAUGGUUUUGCUUCUGCUUCUUUCAACUGACUGAACAUUGAGUCUCAAGCCUGCCUGUAGCUCAGAACCACCCCCCAUCCCCCCAGUGAGUUCGUCUGUUUCACUCCAAGGGCUAACAGAAAAUAACUUACCUCUAAUACUUGAUCCUUAAAGCAGCAUUGUGUGUUUUUAAUAAUGGAAUGAUACUGUCAGUUACCAAACAGUCUUAUACUUUUUGUUCCCCUCUAGUGGAUAACUGUUUGUGUAGAAGUCCCAUAAAUAUCGACUAUUUAAACCUUCAUUUUCCCUCCUGUGGGGAAUGAUCCAAGAUGUGGUUGACAAUCAACUGAAGAUAUUUUAACCUGUGCUUUUAAGUGAAUUGCUACCACGCCAUUAUUUGAAAUGGCCAACACUGUAAUAUUAGACUCUGCUGUGAGGUAUAAAGACUGAACAACUGAAGCGUUCAAUACCAGUCCAGCUUCUCCCACCAACAGGCCUACAACAGUGUUAUAACCAAAGAAAAAUCCAAGUGGAGAAGGUGUGUAAGUGUGUGAAUGUUUGAGGCCUUGCUCUCAAUGAAUACCAACAUGUGCCUUUCUGCCACGUUUGCAGCCACAAUGCUAAUUCAUUUUUAGACCAACCACAAAGUGCUGUUUGCAGCUGACUCUUCCAAUAUGACCGUUGUCUCAGUCUAUCAGCCAGUAGGGUAGUCAAUACAUUCCCUGACUCUGAAUGUAGCAGAUACCAUUGGGCCACGUUACAGAGCUCGUGGAGGCUCAUAAGCUGUUUUUGGUCUUGGUAGACAAAUGAUAUAAAGUAAAACUCAGUAGCCUUGGCAAUCACUGCUCUUGGCUCUUUGCAAAUGAGUAACUUAACAGUAUACUGUACAUUUCAGGCUGAUAAAGGCUUUGACAGAGUGGUUAACUUAUGACUGAGAAGCAGUAUUAAUCUUCAGUAUUUAUGUUUUUGUUUGCAUUUGACAACUGGGUGUGAAAAGCAUUUUGGGUCCUAAUAUAGUCAUGUAACAAUGUGCUAAUGUGUUUGAGCAAACUCAGCAUCCACUAUGUGCGAAGGUCCCAUGAAGUGGCUUUUAGACUGUAACUUUCUCCUGCGGUGUUUCAUGAGGUAGGAUGUUGGAGGGGGAGCAGCGAGCGAAUAUACGGCACCGUAUAUAUAAAAGACGUGAUGAUGGUGGGAGGGGGAGGGGUUGGCUGGAUCACCCCAAAUGACAAAGCACAUUGUACUAUAUGGAAUUUGAUGUUUGCCCUUAGUGCAGGAUAAGCCAUUAAAAAAAAGACUUGACACUUUACAGGAAGAAAAGGGGAUGUUUUAAAUAUAAAAAUAUGCAACAAAAACUUUUGAAGUAAAUUAUACGGAGCAGCACACCCAGGGACACACAAGCCAUGUUUCAUUUCAUGGGACCUUUAAACUCGAGUAGCACAAGAUUUAUGUUUGUGUAGUCAUGCUCCGCAUGCCUUAACAGCUCUAAUGUUCUGCAAGAGGGAAAAAGAUGU